GCAGGCGGCGGCGGCGGGAGCCGGAGCGGCGGGCCGGGUGGCCGCACCAGCGAGCGGGCGGCGAGCAGCGCAGAGCGCUCGGGGCAGCGCGGAGGGAGCGCAGCGUGCGGCGGUCGGAGCCGGAACCGAGAGGCCGGAGCGGCGCCGCCCCCGCUGUCCCUGAGAGGCCCCGGCCGGGAUCCCGACGAGGGAGCUGGCGGCAUGGCCCGGCGGCCCGGGGCGCGGGGGCGCUAGGUCCCGGGCGGGUGCCCCGUACCUCGCCGCCGCCACCGCGCGCCGCACCGCGCGCCCGGCCCGCUCCGGCCGCCCCCGGGGCCACCGGCGGCCCAUGAGCCCCGGCCUCAAAGUUUGCGGCGGGCGGGCGGGCGCGGAGCCUCCAAAAUGCCGUUCCACCCGGUGACGGCGGCGUUGAUGUACCGGGGCAUCUACACCGUGCCCAACCUGCUGUCGGAGCAGCGCCCGGUGGAUAUUCCUGAGGACGAGCUGGAGGAGAUCCGAGAGGCCUUCAAGGUGUUUGACCGUGAUGGCAAUGGCUUCAUCUCUAAGCAGGAGUUGGGGACAGCCAUGCGCUCCUUGGGUUACAUGCCCAAUGAGGUGGAGCUGGAGGUUAUCAUCCAGCGGCUGGACAUGGAUGGUGAUGGCCAAGUGGACUUCGAGGAGUUUGUGACACUCCUGGGACCCAAGCUUUCCACCUCGGGGAUCCCGGAGAAGUUCCACGGUACUGACUUUGACACUGUCUUCUGGAAGUGUGACAUGCAGAAGCUGACAGUGGACGAGCUGAAGCGACUCCUCUAUGACACCUUCUGCGAGCACCUGUCCAUGAAGGACAUCGAGAACAUCAUCAUGACCGAGGAGGAGAGCCACCUGGGCACCACCGAGGAGUGUCCUGUGGACGUGGAGACCUGUUCCAACCAGCAGAUCCGCCAGACGUGUGUGCGCAAGAGCCUGAUCUGCGCCUUCGCCAUCGCCUUCAUCAUCAGUGUCAUGCUCAUUGCCGCCAACCAGGUGCUGCGCAGUGGCAUGAAAUAGGCACUACACGG